AUCGGAUUGCUAACAGCUGAUAGAGCAAUAAGACAUUUGUUUAUGUGUAAAAAUAAGCCCAAAACAAUUGUUUAAUAAGCUCUAAAAUGCGUUGUGCUGUAAGUAACUGUGGCAACAACAAUCGAAAUAGCAAUAGAAACAAAUGGCGCUAUUUUCACUUUCCCAAAGAUAAGCAGCAGAUGCAAAAAUGGAUUAAGUUUUGUGAGCGAGAUAUAACAAAUACGGCAACAGCCUGUAUCUGCAAUGAGCACUUCACACCGGAUGACUUUGAGCGAAAUAUGCAAUAUGAACUGGGUUUUGCGCGUAAGAAUCCAACCAAACUAAAGCCUGGCUCGUGUCCAACAAUUCAUGGGCCAAAUCACAAUGGAUCAUUAGGAAUUGAUAGGCGGAAAAAAAAGAGGACGAAGUGUCCAGUCGCCGAAUCGGACUCUUCCCCAAGGAAAACAUCCCCAAGUAGAGAUUCUAAUGACUCUCCUGAAUCUGCGCUCGUUGAUUGUCUUGAUGAAAUAGAGGACAUAGCUGAAAGCGUCAGCAGCUUGGAGCAAAAUAAUGAAGUUAUUGAGUAUACUAUUAGCGAGAUGGAAGAGUACUCAGUAGCUAAUAAUAGCUCUACCGUUGGGCGAAUGGAACUGGAAAUAAUUGAUCCCCUCGAUUCCCAAACAAACUCUGAGGACGAUAUGGAGAUCAUUGACUCAGAGAGUGACAACUACGUGAAGCACUUGGAAACCGAAGUGAUCACGCUAAGACGUGAGGUCUUUUUUCUGAAGGAUGAGCGCAAGAAAUUAAUUAAUGAAAUUAAAAACUUACGUGCAACAGUUCGCAAUGCUCGUGAAAAGGAAUCUAAUGCUCUGGAGAAGCUAAUAAGUGUGAAUGCAAAUGGAAUGAUAACAAAGAACAUAAAGGGGCCAACAAUGAAGAAGACAGUUAUAAUAUAUACGGAAAAUAUAAAUAAGAACAGAAAACUACGUAAAAUAACAAAUUCGACUGACUAAAUAAAUAAUUGAUUUUGUAAUACGCUGACAAAA